CAGAAGGCAGCAGUAUUAAUUUAUUUCUGCACGGGAAAUGAAGCAGUGGCACCCGCCAAAUGACAAAGAUGCAUUCAUAGUGAAACCAAGGUUAUAUAUCUCACACAAAAAGGCUAUUUUCGGCAACUGCAUUAGGCUAUUGCUCUUAGUGAAAGCAGAGCGGGGGAGAGAGAAAGAGGGAGAGUUCGUCUGCGCAGGAGCUGCAACUGCGCGCUUUCAUGCAGAAGAUAGUUUGAUAUUUGCUUGGUUAAAAAAACCCCUGCUUUGUUGAAUUCAACACGUCGACUGAUGAAGAUGAUGCAUCCUCUUGGAUAAAUUGGAGCGCACGGGAAGGAUGCUGCUCUCACCAGGAGCAGGUGUAUUCUGUCAAGUGGAGGCGCAGAGCAGGAGCGACGCACAACAGCGACUGGACCACAACACCUGCUCCAAAGGGAAAGCCCUUAUGCUUAUGAUAUACUGCUGGUCAACGCGUUUCUUCAUCUAAAAAAAACCCACUAGAUUUUUCUUGAAAUGGAUAUCUGGUAACCAGGAGAAAGUGGGCACUGUGAAACUGAUGGAGGCACAGCUCGUUUGGAAAAUACCGAAGUGACAAAAAGAUAACCAAGGACUGCUCUGUAGGCUUCUCUCAAGACUUGUUCUCAUCUAGGACAUAUUCAUCUGCAAGAAUGCCCGGAGCACUUUCCCAGUGGCUUUACAUAGGGAUGGAGGUGGCGAUUGCAGUCGCGUCUGUGAUCGGGAAUGUGAUGGUGGUUUGGGCGGUGAAAAUUAACAAAUCGUUGCGAGACAACACGUUUUGUUUCAUUGUCUCCCUUGCCCUGGCGGAUAUAGCAGUGGGAGCCCUCGUUAUCCCUUUGGCCAUUACGAUCAGCAUCGGACUCCAAACUCACUUUUACAGCUGCCUGCUGGUGGCGUGCACGGUGCUGGUGCUGACGCAAAGUUCAAUCCUGGCCCUCCUGGCCAUCGCAAUUGACCGCUAUCUCAGAGUCAAGAUCCCGACCAGGUACAAGCGAGUGGUGACCCCUCGGCGAGCGGGGCUGGCAGUGGUGAUAUGCUGGAUGGUGGCUUUCAUCGUGGGACUCACGCCCAUGUUUGGCUGGAACAACCUGAGUCGCCUCCAGCAGAACGGCUCCAUCAGCUCUGACCUCAUUAUCACCUGCCAGUUUGAAAACGUCAUCAGCAUGGACUACAUGGUCUAUUUCAACUUCUUCGGCUGGGUGCUGCCGCCGCUGCUGCUCAUGCUGGUCAUUUAUGCAGAGAUCUUCUACAUGAUCCACAAGCAACUUAACAAUAAGAAGUUCACCACCAGUCACUCAGACCCCAACAAGUACUAUGAUAAGGAGCUGAAUCUUGCUAAAUCGCUGGCUCUGGUUCUUUUUCUCUUUGCCAUCAGCUGGCUCCCCCUCCACAUCAUCAACUGCAUCACACUAUUCUACCCUGAGUGCGAGAAGCCCAUAGUCCUCCUCUACAUCGCCAUCCUGCUCACCCACGGCAACUCUGCUGUCAACCCAAUCGUCUACGCAUUCCGCAUUAAGAAGUUCCGCACGGCAUUCAGGAAAAUCUGGCAGCAUUAUCUCUGCUGCAAGGACACACCAGCUCUGGAGAUUCAGCCCAGUGACAAGAAAGAGAUGCCCAAUCCAGAGCCACUGCAGGCGACAUCACCGCAGCCCCUCCAGAAGAAGAUCCUAAAAUCUGAUCCAACACAACAGCAGUUGCCUCCAACUGAGCAGCAGCAGGACCUGAGGACCGAACAACUACAGCAACCUAAAGAACAUCCGCCCUUACUGGAGCAGAAUGUAGUUUAAGCCAAGGAACGGUGGCUGGCUGGGAAAGUAAUGAUCAGUGCAUGAGCAUUGGUUCUCUCCUUAUCUGAAUAUGGUCUGAAGAGGAGCAUGAAGUGCUACGAUGCUGUAGUAACUGAGGCUACUUGGAUCUGGAAGAUCAUUUAUCUUUACUCGGGAAAAGUGGAUUUACUGAAAGUUUGGUCGGAGCAAAAAAAAAAAAAGGCAAAAAGGACCUCUGUUAACUUGCAAUAAUGUAAGUCUUUUUGACAAUGACUGUCUAUCUUAGUUACAGACUGAAAGCAUUAAGCUUUAAUGUUUUGUUCAUCAUGGCUGGUUGGUGUGAACAUUACAAAAUGCGCAAUAUGAGUUAUUGUAGUUGGUCAGUAUCAGAUUCAUCAAAUGUUACAACCUUCUAUAGGAGGAAAGUUUAAUACGUUCAAUAGAGCAGGUUGAUCUUGUAAUACUGUGUGUAUGUUUAAACUGACAGUGGCUGAAGAAUGUGAAUGUAAUAUUAAUGUAAAUAAGGUACUAUAGCAGCACACCUUUGGUCGCUCAUCUCUUGUUCAGGGUCGCAAUUGCACAACACUGGUGGAGCAAGUGGCACUAUGCGAGAGAUUUUGAGAGGUGGUGUGUGCAUGCUGAUGGAAGGGUUAAUAAUCCCCCAACUCUUCUCCACUGGAGUCCCUCAGUGAUCCAGCAGCACCGAUCCAUUACAGAAGAGAUGGACAGAGAUAAGAGGCAAGCAGCUGGAGGGAACGGGAGGUUUAACCUUUUAGAAGCGGCAUGUGGGAGACCUGAGGCUACAGGACAUCGUGGAGGAGAAAGGCAAGAUGCACUUAAAGCUGAUGUCUGUCAUGCAUCCCUGCCAGCUGGUUGUGGGAGCGUUUUUUCUUUUUUUCCCCUACAUGGACCGAUAAUAACCUUAUCACAACUUACCACUAUACACAGUGCCUGGCCUUAUUCAGUAUUUUAAGUAUGGAAUGGACUAGAAAAGACAACCUGAAGAUUGUGAGUAUCUUUACUACACUGUAAGCUCAAUAUUUUGCAUGAUGCCAAAUUGGGGCAUCUGUAGAUUACUGAUUAAACUAUGUUCAAUGCCGCUGACAUACAGUCCCCUCCAAAAGUAUUGGAACGGUAAGGCAAAUUCCUUUUGUUUUUGUUGUUCACUGAAGACAUUUGGGUUUAAGAUCAAAAGAUGAGAAUGAGACAAGAAUUCAGAAU